CCCGUCUUCGAUUGUGCCAUUUGACGUUCUAAUUUUUCCUUUUGGACGCUUUCUUACCUCUUGAACUGGUGAAGGAGAUUUAUCUUUUUCAUUUACAAUUUCUCUGUUUGAUAAGCCCAGCUCAUCAUCGUCGUCUUCAAGUUGAAAUCUUAAAUCAGUAAUAGGCAAGAAGAAAUCGUCGUCCAUCUUGAAAUGUGCUCUUUGCAAUGAAGCCUCUUGUGGAAAUCGAGGCUUGCUCCACAUGUUAGGCCAUUUGCUUGAAGCAUAGUUGCAGCACUGUGAGUAGAAGGAAGAUACUUUCAGAAUGGUGAAGAAAACUCCGAAUAAAAAGACCAAAAUUGCAAAAAGGAAGAAAUUGAAAGAUUUAUCUACAGAUGAGUUUUUUUCACAUGGCCUGGAUUCUGACAUUAGCUCAGAUGAUGCUGAGGAGAAUUUAUUACAAGUUGCCAAUGAAAAUGAAAAGAAUGAAGUUGCUAAACCAUCCACACACAAAAAGUCUCUCACAAGUUUAGAAGAAAAGGAUCCUGAGUUUUUCAAAUUCCUGAAAGAAAAUGAUGAGGAAUUACUUGAGUUUGAUGAAUCCGAUGAUGAAGAAGAUGGUGAAAAUAGUAAUGAUGGUGAAGAUGACGAUGAAGAUGGCAGUGGCAAUGAAGAUCUGUUAAAUAACAAAACAAAUGAAGAAACUAUAGAUGAGGAAGAGGCUAUGGAUAGUGAUAUGGAGGACAGAGCUGAUAAGAGGGAUAAAUUUUCACGUGAUGGAGAGUUAGUUGAUUUAAAAGAUUUGGCCAAGUUGAAGAAAGGUCUUGAAAAAAACUCCUUGUAUUCACUCCGAAAACUUCUGAGAAUAUUCCACGAUGCUGUCGCUGAAGCCUCUGACGAAAAAGAUGAAAAAUCGAGAGGGAAAAUUAUCUUCAAAGUUGAAAGCUCAAUGGUUUUCAAUAAUUUGGUCCAACUGUGUCUCAAAUCGGCUUCAAGUGUUCUACAGCAUCAUUUGUCAAGUGAGAAGGGAACCAAAAAGACUAAGAAGCCAAGACUUCCAUCCGAAAGUAAACAAUGGUCCAAAGUUAAAGUUACUGUGAAAAAUUACUUAUCAGAUUUAUUGCAGUUACUCCGGCAACUCUCUGAGCCAGGCAUGGUUGCAGUUGUAUUGCGUCACGUGCAAGAUCUUGUACCAUAUUAUUCUUGCUUUUCAAAAGUCGCGAAAAUGUUGGUCAAGCGAUUAGUUCGUAUGUGGUCAUCUGCGGAGGAGCACGUGAGAGUCUUGUCCUUCUUAUGCUUAAGAAAGAUUGCAAUCGCAAUGCCUCAGCUUUAUGAAACCAUUAUCAAGCAAUUGUAUGUUGGCUUCGUCAAACACGCAAAAUUUAUGAACUUCAAAACCAAACCAGUGAUCGCCUUCAUGCAGAACUCCAUGGUCGAAAUGUUCGCAAUGGAUCAUAGCACCACAUACCAGUUCGCUUUUGUUUACAUUCGACAGAUGGCUAUACACUUGCGAAAUGCGUUGUCCACCAAAAAGAAGGAUGCGUAUCAAACUGUCUAUAAUUGGCAAUACAUAAACUGCAUUCAGCUGUGGACACGAGUCGUUGGGGAACUUCAUGGUGAAACAUUGGCUCCUUUAAUCUACCCCGUCGUUCAAGUAACCCUCGGUGUUGUUAGACUCAUACCAACAGCACGCUACUAUCCUCUACGGUUUCAUUGUCUGCGAUCGCUGAAUAUGCUAUCAAAGCUAACGAAUACAUACAUUCCUGUGGCUUCAUAUCUUGUUGAGAUUUUGGAAUCUUCUGAGUUUAACAAGAAAAGCAAACCCUCCACAGCCAAAGCUCCUGAUAUUUCCUGUGCAUUGAAACUUCCAAAAGCGCAGCUGCAUACAAAAGCUUUCCAGGACUGUGUUAUGGAAAAUGUAACAGAACUGUUGCUGGAGCAUUUUGUGAAUCAUUCAACGAGCAUUGCCUUUCCGGAACUCAUUUUCCCUAUUUGUCUACGGAUGAAACGCUUUAUGAAAAAGUCUACAGUGCCAAAAUUUAGCAAACAGAUAAAACAGAUUGUGGAUAAGUUGCAAGAAGCUGGUCAUGAACUCUCACGGAAACGGUCUUCUGUGAACUUCAGUCCUAAAGACAUUGAGGAAGUGAAAAAUUGGGAGAUUGCUUACGCCCAGCAGAAAAAUACCUUGCAAAAAUUCAAUGAUACCUGGCUGAAGAUGAAGGCUGUGGAGAAAGCCAACAGAAACGGCGAUGAUGUUGAAUACUAUCAAGAUGAAAGUAGUGGAGAUGAGGAAGAGCCUAAAAGCAAAAAGCGGAAAAGAACUGGUGAAGAGGAAGCUUCUAAGGUGGAAAAGAAAAAAGAGAAGAAAUCACAAUCAGUGAAAGAAAAAACAAAGUCAAAUUUAACAAAUGGUAAAGCUGAAAAGUUUGAAGAUGUUAUCAAAAAAGGACUGCAAAAAGAUGAUGUUGUAGAAGAUUUUGUUUUGUCUUCAGAUGAAGACUAAUGGACAUUCAAAAUUAAAACAACAACAUUGUUUAAUUCUAUUGAUGAGUAUGUGUAAAAACUUUUCAGUUAGCAUUUUUGAUGAUAUUUGAAGUUGCCAAUGUAACAAUUGGUUAGCAAAGCCUCUAGAGAUUUUAACACUGAAAUUGUGAGAUUAAGAUUUUUUUAGACAAGGACCUUUGAUUAAUAUCUGUACAUUGUGCAUUUUUCUUUCAAAGCUUUGUGGGCAUUCACAAAAUUGUGUACUUAUGAAAACAAAAAUCUUACACAUUA